AGCGAGAGAGAGAGGCGCUCCUCGUGUGGAUCGUGAACCCUGAAAUUCUUAUUGCUGCUGCUCAAUCAAUCGUUGUCCAAUUUGACUUUCGACCCUGUUGGACCGUCACUCUCCGUUCUCUGCUUCAACGUGCGUCGCUAUCGCCCCUUCUUUACAUAAGCACGGGGUAAUUGACCUUACGUUUAGUUUUCGCUGUCCUCUUCCUCCCACGGCCCCCCCUACUCGACCGAUCGGUCCACCAUCUAGAAUUCCGAAUUCCUACUGCAAUUGCAUUGCAUCGGAGACGCUCUCUAGCGCUCGUUGAAUCACCGCAGGCUCAGUCGCUCAUUAAUCCUAUCAACAGUCGGCGGUCUUCAGGAGACGCCUCCGCUAGUCACAAUGGGUGGUCAGGUUUCCAAGAUUAUGGGGAAGAUUUUCGGUACGAAGGAGAUGCGGAUUUUGAUGCUGGGUUUAGAUGCUGCUGGAAAGACCACAAUCCUCUACAAAUUGAAGCUCACCAAUCAGGACGUCACCACUAUCCCUACCGUCGGUUUCAACGUUGAAAGCGUCACCUAUAAGAAUGUGAAGUUCAAUGUCUGGGAUGUUGGUGGACAGGACAAGAUCAGACCCCUCUGGAGACACUACUAUUCUGGUACACAAGGAUUGAUUUUCGUUGUGGACUCCAGCGACACUGCUCGUUUGGAGGAGGCUCGCUCCGAGCUUCACAAGAUUAUCAACGAUCGCGAAAUGAAGGAUGCUCUCUUGCUGGUCUUUGCCAACAAGCAGGAUGUUCAAGGCCACAUGAGUCCCGAGGAAGUUACUCAAGCGCUACAGCUCACCAAGUUGAAGGAUAAGCUGUGGUACGUUGCUCCAAGUGUCGCAACGGAGGGAACUGGUAUCUUCGAGGGCCUGGCAUGGCUCUCCAACAACGUGAAGACGCAACCCCAGAAAUAAAACAGCCGCCGGCCGAUACCUGAGCCGCAAAAGUUGGAGGCCUUGGGCACGGCCUCUCGUGUACAACAGUUUCCUUUGUACCAACUGAACCAUCAGAACACCUCUCGUUUCACGUUCGAUUUGAUGACAGAAGACGCAGCAUUUGGAUCCUGUGUUUGCAAUAUUCCUUUCACGCGCACGCCGUUCCGCUUUUCCUUUCUUCUUUAUUUCAUGAUAUCCCCACUGUUUCGAUGCGGGUCAUUUCGAAUACCGUCUCUUAAUACUAUUUUCCUAUUUUCCUUUCUCUGUUGUCUGCUUUUCUUCGCCCCCCUUCUCGUGUGUAGAAACAUUCAAAAUAGAAGGAACUUGGACCAGCACAUACCUGCAUACAUAUACUUCCUUUAAUGUUUCCUUUUCCUCGCAUUUAUUUAUAUCCCAGUUAUUUUUGCCGGCUCGGUUGUUGAUAAUCACUUUAGAUACUACCAAACCCAAAAAAUCACACUUAUGAAUAAAC